AUGGUGAUGUCAUUGUGGUCAACGCAAAAGGAAAAAGUCAAGGGUGAAAUUGAAGGUGGAGGUGUAAAAGAUUCUAUCAUGGGUGCAAGUUUAAAUUCAUGUAAGAAGAGAUCAAUGUGUUUGGAAGAAGCUGAAAGUCUUGUUAAACAACGGCAAACUGUUAAAGCUGAAGCUCUUGGGCCUAAUCAUCAACUUCAUAAUCUUGUUGAUGUUCUUGAUGAGUCAAUGCUUCUUCAGUGGAAGGGUUUAGCUGAGAUAGCAAAAGACAGGCUCUUGUUGAUGAAGCAGCUGAACUUGUGGGCUCAUCUCAUUAAAAGAACCCAAAUUAUUAUAGUACCUACGCGAUCCGUUAUUUGCUGA